AUGAUGCUCGCUUUCCUCGGUGAGAUACUGAUCGACAACCUCUCUCUGCCCGUCGACGCAGGCGAGGACGGGUCCCCUGCGCGAGGACCGUCCGGGUACGCCGACGCCGACGAGCCGGAGGAGCCAGCCACCGCAGACCCGGCGCCGCGGUCAGCCAUCGAGCCGCCCGAGCGCCGGCCCGACUCCCGCGGCGUCGAGGUGGUGGGAGGGGGUGAAGGUGAAGGUGACGAUGACUUGCUCGUAGACGCAAAGGGUGAGACAAAGGUGAUGCCACUCGAUGCAGAGUACGUCGUCGGGCUCGGCGAGGAGUCGGAACCGCUCGAGGAGGACAGGUUCAAGGUCGACGCCGGGCAGUUGAGCGCAUGCAGUCCGUCUGCGGUCGUGAUGGAGCCGAGCUUGUUGGCAGAGGAUCGGCGUCGACCGUUGGGUGGUAGCAAUGGAUAG